UUUCAAAGUCCCCCAUCAUGCAUUGAACCAGACACAACUUUACUCCGCACUCUGACUCACUCGGUCAAAUCGAAUCGCCAAACUGCAAAUUAUCAUCAUGCCUGAUCCACCAUCGCCUUCGUCCUCCACCUCGUCUUUCCUGCCCACCACCACCCUCCUUGCCAUCCCCGACGGGCCCAUCGCCUCGUCCUCGAAAGACGCCCGGUCCCAUACGACGAGCAUCCUCGGUGGCUACCCUACCUUUCCCUCCUUGCCCGCCUCUUCGUCUUCUUCCUCGCAUAAUGUCCGACCGGAGGACAUCAAGUGCGGGCAGUGUGGGAAUUCGAUCCCGCUCUUGACCCAGGUCUAUUGUCCACCUGAAGGCGGGGAGAAUGACCGGAACGUUUACGUUUUCGCCUGUCCUCGAGGCGCCUGUCAGAGGAAGCCAAAUAGCGUCCGAGCCUACCGAGCCUCGGUCCGUAACGAGGUCUACGCAGCCGACGCUGCCGAACAAAAGGCCAAGCGGGAAGCUGAAGAGGCCGAAAGACGGGUGAAGGAAAAGAUCAACCCGUUCAGUAUGGGAUCGUCUGCUGGGAUUGGAGGUGGACUCGGGUCGACACUCUUUGGCGGUAAUGCGGAUGGCAUGCCGAGUUUCAAUCCGUUCUCCAGCGUUGCGGCUGUCGAGGCGCCCACCGAGGCCUUUUCGGGGUUGAAGUUGGGUUCGGAAGGGGAUCAGAAGAAGGAGAAGAAAGAGGAAAAGCCGACGGCACCGCUAUCGACCCCGCCCUCGGGCCCAUCGACACCUCCUCAAACCUUGGCUCCUCCUUUCCCUGCCUACUUGCCGGCUCAGUACUUGACGACCUUUGACGAAUACCUUCCUGCGGACCCGAACGCUCUAGCUGGGGAUACGGCCGGGCGGGUGAAACAGUUGAGCGCGGGAGAGGCAGAGGAGAAGGAGAGGGAGUUGCAACAACAAAGCGGCGCAGGUCCGGGCGGCAAGAAGGGCGCUGCAGGAGGGGAACAGUGGGAAAAGGUACUGCCCAAGGGAGUGGACGAGGUGUUCGAGAGGUUCUUGGAACGCUUGAACAGGGCGGAAGACGGGAGCGGCCAGGUGUUGAGGUACGACCUCGGCGCGGUGCCUCUGCCUUAUUCGUCCAACUCGGACCUAUUCAAGAGGUUGUUCAAGCGGGACGCUGGCGAGGACGGGGUGGACGAGGACGAUCUCGAGCCCGACGUCAACGUCUUUGGCAAAAAGUAUGACCCGACCGGGGUUGUCCCCAACUGCCCUCGGUGUGGUGGGGAGAGGACGUUUGAGAUGCAGCUCGUUCCCGGCCUCAUCGCCGAAUUGAAGACGGAACACUUGAGCUUGACGGGCGACAAGAAGCGACGCGGUGGGAACAAGAAGAAGAAGCAACAGACCGAGGGAGAGAGGCGACGAGAGUUGGCCGUACUUUUGGGUCGUGCGAGCGCCAAUGACCUUCCCAAACCCGCCGACGACGGCGAAGACGAAAGGACGCCAGUGGAACGGGAAGAGGACCGAUUGAGGGGAGAGACGGGAAUGGAAUGGGGGACGAUUAUGGUCUUUGGUUGCGAGCGCGAUUGCGUCGGCUUCGGCGAAGAGUGGGUCGGCGUCGAGUGGGAGGAGAUGCAGUGAGAAGGUGCUGGCCUGUUCGUUCCUUCGUUUGAGCGUUGUAGGCAGCUAUAGGAUGUUGCGAUUUUACGUUUCACAGUUGUUUCUCCCGAGCCCUGCCUGCCGCCCUGCACCCUGGU